CGCGCCUGAUCGCGGCAUCUGCCUAAACAAUUAAGCUUCAUAAUUGAGAUUAUUUGCCAAAAAAUGAAAAUGAAAUAACUUCACCAUCUCGUGCACGCUGUCGUAAAGACAACAUAUUUCCUUACUUUUUACAACAUCUUAACACCUCUCUCACUUAGUGUUCCAAGCUCAUUGGAGUAGAGACAUAAGGCCCACCAUGGCAGAUCGCCAUGAGAAGAGGGAUGAGGAAGAGGAGGAAGAUGAGAUUGGUGAACAGGAUUAUAAAGCUCAGAAGGAUGCUCUUAUCUUCGCUAUCGAUGUUAGCGAGUCGAUGCUUCAGCCGCCUCCCGAGUCAACUGACAAGAAGGCGGACAAAGACCCUCCUGUGUAUGCUGCUUUGAAGUGUGCCUACCAGGUGAUGCAGCAACGAAUUAUAUCUAAUCCGAAGGAUAUGAUGGGCAUAAUACUCUUUGGUACUGAAAAGACAAAGUAUCGAGAUGAUCAGAAUCUCCCUUACCCUCACUGUUACGUCUACACCGACCUUGAUAUUCCCGCAGCCGAAGAUGUGAAAAACCUAAAAGGUCUUGUCGAAGAAGGCGAGGGUGCCGAUGAGAUUUUAGUUCCAUCUAGUGAGGGUACUCAGAUAUCGAACUUGCUUUUCCUAGCAAACAAUCUCCUCACUACCAAAGCCCCAAAUUUUGGAUCUCGGAGAUUGUUUAUUAUUACGGAUAACGAUGACCCCCAUAAAGAUGACAAGAAACUUAAGGAAAAUGCGGCAUAUCGUGCUAAGGAUUUAUACGAUCUUGGAGUCACUAUCGAGCUCUUUGCAAUCACCCGUGGAGACGAAAAAUUCGACUUCAGCAAGUUCUAUGAUGAUAUUAUCUAUCGUGACCCAACUGUCGAGGAAGCGCAUCCAGGAAAGAUUUCAACGUCAAAAUCCGGCAGCGGUCUAACACUCUUGAAUUCGUUAGUCUCCAAUGUCAACUCUAGGCAAACGCCAAAGCGGGCAUAUUUCAGCAAUAUGCCACUUGAGCUUGGCCCUGGACUUCAAAUCUCAGUGAAGGGGUAUAACAUCAUUCAGCCGCAGACCCCGGCGCGUAGCUGUUACGUUUGGUUGGAUGGCCAGAAAGCGCAGAUUGCCGUAGGUGAAACCGCUCACAUUGCCGAGGAUAGCGCCAGAACGGUUCAAACCGGUGAAGUGAAAAAGGCCUAUAAGUUUGGAGGCGAAUACGUUUAUUUUAGCGAAGACGAGCAGAAGUCCAUCAAGCAAUUUGGAGGCCCGAUAAUACGUAUUAUCGGCUUCAAGGACAGAUCGCAAUUAGGAUUUUGGGCAUCGAUCAAGAAAUCGAUCUUUAUCUUCCCAAGCGAAGAAGGCUAUGUUGGAUCCUCGCGUGUUUUCACCGCGUUGUGGCAAAAGCUAUUGAAAUCCAGAAAGGUUGGCAUCGCAUGGCACAUUGCUCGGACAAAUGGCAACCCUCAGUUGGUUGCGAUUAUUCCCUCCAGGUCGCAGUCGGACCGUAGGACGGGAGUCGACUACAUACCUGCUGGCUUAUGGCUUUAUCCAAUUCCCUUUGCCGACGAUUUACGCGAAGCUCCCGACCAGGUCAAGCUUAUCCGAACCACAGACCAACUGACUGAUUGUAUGAACAAGGUCAUUGGUAACCUACAAUUGCCAACGGCUACAUACAAUCCAUCAAAGUAUCCAAAUCCCGCACUCCAAUGGCACUACAAGAUCCUUCAAGCUCUCGCGCUGGAGGAGGAGGUUCCCGAGACGCCAAAUGACGCUACCGUCCCUAAGUACAAGGCUAUCCACAACAGGUGUGGCGAGUACAUUCAGGACUGGUCGCGGACUGCGGACAAUGUUUUAAGCAUGGUCAAAGAUGCCCAAUCCAUCAAGCGGGAAAUGGAGAACGAUGACGAUGACAAUGGGCCUAAGCCAGCGAAGAAGGCGAAAACAACAGCAGCAAAACCCGGGUCUGGUAGCACAGGUAUGAACAACACUGAGCUGAAGAAGAGAUAUAAUGAUGGCACCUUGUCAAAAUUGACGAUACCUGAAUUGAAGCCAAUACUUAGCGAUCGUGGAAUUGACGCAAAGGGGCUGAAGAAAACUCUCAUCGAGAGACUUGAGGAGUGGAUUGAGGAGAACGUGUAAAUAGGUAGAGGACUAGGGGCAUGUACCGGCUAAGACAAAAGGAAUCCAGAUGUAGUCUAAUCUUUGGCGUUGGGAGUGGCUAUUCUUUCGGAUUACUUACCUACUAGACACUUAGUAUUGUAAAAUGAUACUGGCUUCCUGUGU